CGCUUGACGCGUCCACGCCCGGUGUCCAACCGGACUUAACCGCACCGCAUCCUCACGAUGUCUGCCGUCGCAACCCUCGCGGCGACCCGAGCCCCGCUCAUGGCGCGCGCCCGCCGAGCUCCCGCCGCCCGCCGCGCGUUCACCGUGCGCGCCACCGCCACCGAAUCCGGCUCCAAGAAGGACGAGAUCGUCGGCAUGCCCGUCGUCCUCAUCGACAAUCGCUCCGACCCGCUCGCGACGGUUGUCAGCGUUCAGUUCAGCGACGUCCUCGGCCAGCUUCUCGACACCGUGGAGUCGCUCAAGGCGUUGGGCCUGAACGUCUCCCGCGCGGAGGUGACUGGCGACGAGAACCCCAACAAGUUCUACGUCACCGACGCCGCCACCUCCGAGAAGGUGGUCAAGUCUGAGCAGAUUGAGAACAUCCGCAUGGCCAUCAUCAACAACAUGCUCUACUACCACCCGGAGUCCAAGCAGUACUUCGAGGGCGGGACCGUGGACAUGCCGGGGAACCGCGAUGUCGACGCGAACCCGCUGGGCGCCAGGCCUCGGGGUAAGGUCGCCACGAAGGUCACCAUCGAGGCCAUGGGAGCGGCGAGGUCGAGGCUCAUCGUGGAGACGGCUGACCGCCCCGGGUUGCUCGUCGACAUCGUGCGCACGCUCAAGGACCUGAGCCUCAACGUGGUGUCCGCCGAGAUUGACACGAUCGGCCCCAAGGCGAGUGAUACCGUGUACCUGACCUACCGCGGCGCCGCGCUCAACCCCAGCAUGAACGAGCUGGUCGUCAACGCGCUCACCUAUUACCUUUCCAAGAAGGAGGUGGAGACGGAUGAGUCGUACUAGAUUCUUUUGGCGUUGUUUGGUUUUUUCGUUGGCGACGGAGCGCCGACGAGGAUGUGUACGGGAUUAGAGCUGGGUUCAAACGGGAACGCGCCGGUCCAACGGGCGGAGACGAGACGGGACGCAUCGCUGCUUUGAGUAAGACGCGCGGGGGCAGGGCCUGCCCCACUUAGGAAAGGUGUAACGAGUACAGUUGGGUAUUUUUGCC